AUGAUAAAAGGCCAUAGUAAACGAUCAACAGAAAUAAGUUUGAAAUUUAGCCAAAACAACUUCGUGAGUGGAUUAAAAAUAAAAAAACAACUAAUAAAAAUAGCUCCAUGUAGUCAAAGACUUAAUAGAGGUGCACGGCCAAAAUAUCCCGCCCUUGAAGUUGAACAAUUGAAAACUGAUAGAGCGAAAUUUCUUAAAGAAUUGAAGGAAAUGGAAGAUGAUAGAAGUACAUUACUAAAUAACUCGGAAAAAGAUGUUGAUAGUGUUACAGAAACGAAUGAUCUUAACGAUCAAGCUGAAUUUAAGAACCUGCUUGCAAAGUACUAUAUAGAAACAGAUUUCUAUGAACAUGCCGUCAAGACGCUCGAUGUGUAA